UAGCGGAUGUUUUAAGGCAGAAGCCUAGCCCCAAUUAAUUGAAUAUUUGAGGCUAACCUUCUACGUAAGGUUGUAUCAGGCAAAAAAGUUCCUCAUGGAUAUGUGCCAUACCACUAUGCGGACCUUCACAUACAUUUCAGCAUUCACAGCUUCUACUAUGGACAAUUAUCCAUCCAUUGGGAAUUGCUUUCUGUUCACAGUGAGAAUAAGGGAUCUUUCAGCAUCCUUCUUGUCUUAUACCCACCCUUCUUGUGAAUAUCCAGUGUUCCUGCAUUGUUUGUAAAGGCAAAAACAUUCCUCAUAACUUUUUGCCAUACCAUUUUGAAGACCUUCGUAUACACUCCUCCCUUUCCUAAAGAACUACCUAACAAAAACUCAUGUGAGAGGACACACUCUAAUGGAUGGAAGAAGAAACGUAGAUUCUGAAUAUGACAUUCACAAUUUUUGGAAUUUUCCAAAGGGUCUUGGAUUAAAAGUGAAAGUAGGAAGCUUUUCUGCAAAUGCUCCCCAGGGUCAACAGUUCUCUUUAUCUGAGCCGAUGAUACAAUGGCCUACUAGAUUUACAAAGAUUCUUCAGUCAGUGUGCAGUGAGAGCUUCAGGCCUGGAUUCAGGAAAGCUGUCCAGGAAGGCAAAGCUGUCUGCUGCUUUGAUUGCAUUCCUUGUGCAGACAAUGAGAUUUCAAAUGAUACAGCGCUCCUGUAUAUUCUGAAUUUCGGGUAUAACUUUACUGACAAUGAAUGCUUUGUAAGAAUCACGGAUUUUUUCCACCAUGAAGGAGAUGUGAAGAUUACUGCAUUUUUUCCUCUUCAUCUUUAUUACAUAGGCAACAACAUUCCUCAUCACUUUUUGCCAUACUAUUUUGAAGACCUUCGUAUACAGUAUAAGUAUAAGCAUUAUGAAUUUGUUCUGGCCCUGGUUUUUGCAAUUGAGGAGAUCAACAAAAAUCCUUAUCUUCUACCCAAUACAACUCUUGGCUUUGAUAUCUAUAAUGUCCCAUUUACUGAAAGAAAUAUUCUUUAUAAUGCCUUUCUUUGGCUCACAAACAUGAGUGUUCCCCUUGCUAAUUACAACUGUGAACAGAAGAGAAAAUCAGUUGCUGCCCUCACAGGAUCAUCAUGGGCAACAUCUGCGUACUUUGGGACUCUGCUACAACUCUACAAAAUACCUCAGCUCACUUUUGGGCCUUUUGACUCUACCUUGAAUGACAAAGGUCGGUUUAAUUUUCUCUAUCAGAUGGGCCCGAAAGAUACAGUUCUGUCUCUGGCCAUAGUCUCUUUGAUGGUUCAUUUCAGCUGGUCCUGGGUUGGUCUAAUCCUCCCAGAUGACCACAGAGGAACUCAGAUACUAUCAGACUUGAAAGAAGAUAUGGAGAGAAAUAGCAUCUGCAUAGGUUUUUUGAAAAUGAUCGCUGGCAUGUGGAAUUCAUUUUCCAAUGAGUUAUGGAGAAAUCUGGAGAAUAUUCAGGAAUCAUCAGCAAACGUGAUUGUUAUGUAUGGGGACACUGUUUCUUUGCAAGGUUUAAUGAGACACAUUGCACAACUCUUAGUGACAUGGAAAGUCUGGGUCUUGAAUUCUCCAUGGGAUGCUGACCACUAUUCUGAUUAUUUCAUGGUAGAGUCAUUUCAUGGGAGUUUCAUUUUUUCACAUCACCAUGAAGAGAUGGUUGAGUAUAUGAAUUUUAUCCAAACAGUUAAUCCAUACAAAUACCCAGAAGACAACUAUCUUCCUAAGUUUUGGUAUUUGUUCUUCAAGUGCUCAUUCUCUGAGUCUGAUUGUAGACUUUUAGAGAACUGCCAACCCAAUGCUUCUUUGGACUUACUGCCCAGACACCUUUUAGACCCAGCUUUGAGUAAUGAGGGCUACAAUAUUUACAAUGCUGUGUAUGCUGUGGCCUACAGUCUCCAUGAGAUGAUUCUUCAGCAAAUGCACACACAACCAUAUGCUAAUGGAGAAAAAAUGACAUUCUUCCCCUGGCAGCUCCUCCCUUUCCUAAAGAACUACCUAACAAAAACUCAUGUGAGAGGACACACUGUAAUGGAUGGAAGAAGAAACGUAGAUUCUGAGUAUGACAUUCACAAUUUUUGGAAUUUUCCAAAGGGUCUUGGAUUAAAAGUGAAAGUAGGAAGCUUUUCUGCAAAUGCUCCCCAGGGUCAACAGUUCUCUUUAUCUGAGCAGAUGAUACAAUGGCCUACUAGAUAUACAAAGAUUCCUCAGUCAGUGUGCAGUGAGAGCUGCAGGCCUGGAUUCAGGAAAGCGGCCCAGGAAGGCAAAGCUGUCUGCUGCUUUGAUUGCAUUCCUUGUGCAGACAAUGAGAUUUCAAAUGAUACAGAUAUGAAGCAGUGUGCAAAGUGUCCAGAAACUCACUAUGCAAACUCAGAGAAGAACUUCUGUCUCCAGAAAUCUGUGAGCUUUUUGGCCUAUGGAGACCCCUUGGGGAUGGCUCUCACCAUCACAGCACUGUGCUUCUCUGUAAUCACGACUGUGGUUCUUGUACUCUUUGUGAGGCACAGAAACACACCUAUUGUCAAGGCCAAUAACCGGGCUCUCAGCUACACCCUGCUAUUGACACUCAUCAGCUGUUUCCUCAGUUCCUUGCUCUUUAUUGGCCAGCCCAACACAGCCACCUGCAUCUUGCAGCAGAUAGCAUUUGGAAUUUUAUUCACUGUGGCUCUCUCCACAGUGUUGGCCAAAGCUAUUACAGUGGUUAUUGCAUUCAGAGUCACUGUUCCAGCUGGAAUCGUGAGGUGGUUAAUAGUAUCAAGAGCCCCUAAUUUCAUCAUUCCUAUCUGCACCCUGAUCCAACUUGUUCUGUGUGGAAUCUGGCUGGUCACCUCUCCACCCUUCAUUGAUCAAGAUACUCAUGCUGAACAUGGCCACAUCAUCAUUGUGUGCAACAAGGGUUCAGCAGUUGCCUUCCACUGUGCUCUGGGAUACCUCUGCUCUUUGGCACUUGGGAGUUACACCAUGGCCUUCUUGUCCAGGAAACUGCCAGACACAUUCAAUGAAGCCAAGUUUCUAUCAUUUAGCAUGCAGGUAUUCUUCUGUGUCUGGGUCACCUUCCUCCCUGUCUACCACAGCACCAAGGGGAAAGUCAUGGUGGCUAUGGAAGUCUUCUCUAUCUUGGCUUCCAGUGUAGCCCUCCUUGGCUUGAUCUUUGCUCCCAAGUGCUACAUUAUUUUGCUACGGCCAGAUAAGAACUCCUGUCUUGACAUCAGGCACAAAACCCAUUCAAGAAAGCGUAGUCAUUUAAAUUUUAGUUAAAGGUUAA